GGCUUUUUCAGUGAGCGUACGAGCGGCGAACGGUAAACAACUGCUGCGGGAAAAGUAAUCGGCCGAAAAGAAAAUUUCGAAACGUCAACCUGGAGUGUUUGUGUUUGCACACGAAAAUGUAUCUAUGAGAUGUGCGAAUCUUGGUCCAAUGCAAAUAUAUUCAAAUUUGAGUAAUUACGCAAGGCGGCGGGGCAGAGGCACGUGAGUUCGGGCCGGUCGCGCGAUGGAAUGAAAAGUGGGCGAAGCGAAAGUGAAAAUUGAAGUUGUUGCAAAUUGGUGGAUACAUUUUCUUUGAUUACCCCUGAUGACUAACCAAUAAGUGUUUGUUCAAGACGAACAGAUAAGAUAUAGAUAUAAUCAGCAAUCUUUCAGUUAGCUGUUUCUUUUUCAACAGAGUUCCGAACACUCGUAAUUGUUAAUUGGAGGGAAGCCAAGUGAGACACACGAGCACACUCGAGCGGCAGAGGGGUGAAAGGUUAGAAACCCAGGGGAGCAGAAAGCAAGCGAUUCCCUGACAUGCGAGCCAGCGUUUCGAAUCCGAACCCGAAUCCGUGACGACAAUCAUUGCAUCAUAAGAUUAUCAGACAUUAGAGGAAGUAGCCAAGCAAGAUGAGUGCUGCCGGCUGGCUGGACAUGAAUGCAGCGCUCCAGAGCCUGGACGAAUCAGCUGCGGAGCCCAAGCCCAACUCCAGGCCCAGAGCCAAGCGCAGGAGCAGCUACGCCGGGCGUAGUGCCUCCACGACGGGGGUCCAUGGUCGUGGCAGCAUCGGCAGCGUGAGUGCAGGACUUUACAAAGCUUUUCGGGACAGAUUCCUCAGCAGCGAUGAGUCCGGGGACUAUCGAAAGCUAAGGCAGAGGGAUGCCGAGGCCGGAAGAGUGGGAGCCAAUGCAUCCAGCUCCACGGAAAGUUCCGGGGAGGAGGCGGACCUGCCCAGCAGCAGUAGCAGUGUGGAGGAUCUCUUUGCAAAAGAAACGGAGCGACGCAAGUGGCAGCGCAAAUCUUCGGAGCAGCGAAGAAGGGCAGCCAGAAGAAAGAACCUGAUGAGUUCCAAGGAGAAGAAGCGUCGACUGCGGAUCAUCCUCACCACCAUAACAGCGAUCGUUGGCUUGGCUCUCCUGGCCACUGCCCUGUACUUCAUCAUCCGAACCGACGAGAAGGAUGGUUCAGAUAACAAUGACGGUUCCUCGGAUAAUGCCAUCGAUCUGGAGGAUGUUCUCAGCGGCCAAUUGUACGCAAAGAGAUUUAAUGGCAGCUGGAGCAAUGGCAACAGUCUGAUAUACAAGGAGAGUGCGUCCAUUAUCGAGUAUGAUGCCAAGACUGGAGUUCGAACCACUCUCCUGCACAAUGCCGGCCAGUAUGUCCUCUACGAGAAGUCCGCCGAUGGGCAGUUCCUGCUCCUGGCCAAGAACUACAAGAAGAACUUCCGGUACAGCUUCCUGGCCGAGUACGAUCUCUAUAACUUUAAUACGAGCCAGACCACAGCACUGACCAUCCAGGGCCAGCAGUUGUAUCUGAGCAUGGUCCAGUGGGCGCCCAAGGGGAAUGCCUUGGUGAUCAACUACGACCGGAACUUGUACUACAAGCAGAACGCCCUGGACGAGGAGAUCGUGCUGACCAACGACGAACAGGCUGGCAUUCUCAACGGCAUUCCAGACUGGGUCUACGAGGAGGAGGUGUUCAGUUCAAACGUGGCCACUUGGUUCAAUCCCUCGGGCUCCCAGCUGGCUUUCAUCCGGUUCGACGACUCGUCCACGCACCUCAUCAACUUCCCCUACUACGGAGAUGCCGGUGACCUGCGGUACCAGUAUCCACUGCACCAGGUGAUUGCCUAUCCUAAGGCUGGAUCCUCGAAUCCCAGCGUCCAACUCAUAAUGGUGGAUCUGGAGAAGGCGGUGGCGGGAGGACAGAGGGAAGGCUUCGUUACCAAGAUGCCGGUGCCUUCUGCUCUCAAUACGGAAACGGACUACAUUGUGACAGUGGUCAGUUGGGUGGACAACGACAAUGUCCUGUCCAUCUGGAUGAACCGUAUUCAGAAUGCCGCCUAUGUGGAGACCUUCAACGGACUCACCCGCAAGACUAUCUACAGAACGGUAUCAGAAACAGGAUGGGUGGAUCUUUACACCGCCCCCUUUAGAAAUCGCAAUGGUUCCCGUCUCGCCGUCGUCCUGCCCCACAACAACUACAAACACCUACAGCUCCUCAGCUCCAGUGUGGUCAGCUCGGAACCCCAACAGCUGGAGCCAUUGACCGAGGGAAAGUAUGUGGUGGACAGCAUCCUGCACUGGGAUGGCGACACCGAUGUCAUCUUCUACACGGCCAAUACGGAGGAGCAUCCAGAGCACCUGCAUCUGUAUGCGAUUCGGGCACAAUCCAAGCAAAGCGCCAAGUGCCUCACGUGCAACCUGAUCAAGUCCGGGGACGUGCAACAGACCUACUUCUCGGCCAUCUUCAAUGACAAUAACCACAUAGUGAUUACCUCGCAGGGUCCCGGCAUUCCCACCACCCACAUCUAUGAGUGGAAAUACGAAAACUCUCAAGUUCAGCUCUCCCAUGUGAUCGACUGGGAAACCAAUGAAGCCCUUAGAGCCAAACUGAAGGGCGUGGCCCUGCCUUCCCACAAAAUCCUGACCUUCAACAUCGAUGGUGGCUUCCAGGCCAAGGUGCUGCUCCAACUGCCUCCUAAUUUGGACACCAGCGGCAAGACCAAGUACCCCAUGUUGGUGGAUGUCUACGGUGGACCCGAUUCCUAUUCGGUCACUACCAAGUGGAUGCUGGACUGGGGUACUUACUUGUCCUCAAAUCAGUCUGUGAUCUACGCCAAGAUCGAUGGUCGUGGUUCGGGACUUCGGGGGGAGAGUCUUCUCCAUGCCAUAUACCUCCAGUUGGGCACCGUGGAAAUCAGUGAUCAGAUCAGUGUUACGAGAAACCUCACUCAACUAUACAACUACAUUGAUCCCGAUCACGUGGGCAUCUGGGGAUGGUCUUAUGGAGGCUACGCCGCUGCCAUGGCUCUGGCCAAUGAUGACAACCAGGUGUUCAAGUGCGCCGCUUCCAUAGCACCUGUAACAGACUGGGCUUAUUAUGAUUCCAUUUACACAGAGCGUUACAUGGGUCUGCCCACCACAAAUGAGGGGGGCUAUGCCAACUCCAGACUGAGCACGAGGGCCCAGAAGCUGCGGGGCAAGAAGUACCUGCUGGUCCAUGGCACCCUCGACGACAAUGUCCACUACCAGCAGGCCAUGAUCUUGGCCAAAAACCUAGAGCGAUACGACAUCCUCUUCAAGCAGAUUAGCUAUGCCGAUGAGGAUCAUGGCCUGUCCAAUGUGCGUCCGCACUUGUACCACUCCUUGGAUCGAUUCUUUGGCGAGUGCUUUGCCAGCAGUCGUCUCAUGAAAAGUGCCAAAUAAACAGGGCAAUAAUAGCAAACAAUAUA